AUGGCUGCUUCAGACGCCCCCGAUCAACCGUCGCUGCUCUGGCGAACGGGUUCCUCGUUCAUCACGGGUGCGACAGGGUUUCUCUGCCGUACCUUCCUCGUUGGCCUGAACAGGCUCGAGGUGAAGGGCUAUGACAACUUCAUGCGCCUCAUGGAUGAGCGCGAAGAUGUGAAUGGCAGGACCAAGGGUCUUAUAACUGUUUCAAACCAUACUAGCGUCAUGGAUGAUCCUAUCAUGUGGGGCAUCCUGCCAUACAGCUACCAUUGGAAUCCGAACAAUGUUCGUUGGGGUCUUGCCAGCCAUGAUCUGGCUUUCCAGAACAAGUUCACCUCGUUGUUCUUCAGUCUCGGCAACACUCUUCCAAUGCAUCGACUGGCGCAUUCGCCGCACGGCGGCUUGUUCCAACCUACCAUGACCCAAGCCAUUCGACUCCUCUCUAAAGGCCCAUUCGACGCCCCUACCGCUACCCCUGCAUCGCACUCAUUGCGAAGCCCUGAUCUCACCGAUCCCUUCUCAGGCGCACACUUGACGUACAGUACCGACGGCCAUGACACUUUCCCUGCUCCUUCGGCUUAUGCUUCGAGAAGACACGCCUGGGUUCACAUUUUCCCUGAAGGCAGAGUUCACCAGAAAGAGGACAAGACAAUGCGUUAUUUCAAAUGGGGCGUCUCACGCUUGAUUCUCGAAUCAGAGCCUGCACCAGAUCUUGUACCCAUAUUCAUCGAAGGAUUUGAUUCAGUCAUGCACGAAAGUCGCGGAUUUCCUCGACCAAUUCCACGAGCAAACAAAGACAUUUGCGUCACAUUUGGCGACAAGAUCGAUACGGGGGACGCAUUCCGCGACUUGAGAGACAGAUGGGCAGCCUUGAAACAACAGGCAAUAAAGCGAGGAGCAGAGAGCGAUGAGCUCGGUGUUGUCAGUGACGAACAGUUGAUGCACGGAGCAGAAGCUGUCAGCUUGCGAAAAGAGUGUACAAUGCGUGUCAGAGAAGCAGUGCUAGCUGUGCGAAGAAGUAGAGGCUGGCCUGACGAAGACCCCAAGUGUGGUUUGAUCGAAACAUGGGCCAUGGAGGGUACUGGAGAAGGCAAGAUGGCCGAUGGAUCAUACACAAAGGAUACAUAA